AUGAUUGAAUUAUUACUCCUCCUCUAUAUCGUGGUGUAUUGUCCUUUGAUAAUCUACGUUUAUUCAACCUUAUUAAAGAAAUACGAAGAUCCAAAAUACCAUAGAACAGAUAUUCCAGAUAGAUUCUAACCAUUUAGAAGAAGAGAUUACAAGAAUUGGAACAAAUUAGAGAUCUAUUUUGGUGCAAUAGUAUUGUUACCUCUUAGAUUAAUAUUUGUGUUGGGGUCUCUGUUUGCCUUUGCAUUUGUUUUUUUUGUGACAACUAAAGGUUCAUAAAUUGUGAUAUAAUUUUAAAAGACUUUAAACUAGAAAACCCAUGGCCUGCUAAUCGUUAUAGAUUUUUGAGAUAACCUCUUUAAUUUUUGGCUAGAGCUUACCUAUUUUUUUCUGGCUUUUAUUAAAUUAAGUAGAGAAUUGUGAAGUAAUAAAAAUUAAUAAUUUUUAGGUAUUCUGAUUAUGAUGAAGCCUAUGUUUAAACUUCAAUUAAUAAUCUAAGUUAACCAUCAAUAAUUGUAUCAAAUCAUGUCAGCUGGUAUGACACAAUUACAUAUGUUUUCAAAUAUUUGCCAUCUUUUGUUUCUAAAGACACAGUAAAGGACUACCCAGUUUUUGGUUGGAUUACAAUGAAUCUAAAAAGUAUAUUUGUUGAAAGGGAAAAUGCAACAAAUAGAAAAUAAGUUAUGCUUGACAUUUUGAAUAGAGUGAACUUAAUAAAUUAAGGACAUCUAUUCCCUCCAGUUCUUAUAUUUCCUGAAGGAACAACGUCUAAUGGAAACUAUAUUUUAUCAUUCAAGAAAGGUGCAUUUGAACCAUUAUAACCAAUUAAAAUUUGCUGUUUAAAAUAUUCACCAAGAAGAUUUAGUGUAGCUAUGGAUUGUAUAGGAAUUUAUGGUAUUAUAUUUCACAAAUCUUAGCAACUACUUUGUUGUCUUUAGUUUAAUGGAAAAAUGAAUUAGAAAUAAUUGAAUUCGAAGGAUUAUAUGAUCCUGCAUAUUNUAACAAGUUGUCUUUGUAAUAUAUUUAUUUGAUAUUUAAUUUGAUAAAUCAUCUUAAGAAAAGUCUAGUUAAAAGUCUUAUUAUUUUGAAAAUUAGUUUAUUAAUAAGAAUAUUCAUAAUAUAAACUAAAAUUUGACUAUUUAAAAAUAUAGAAAAAUUUUUAUAGAAAAGAAAUUUUGAUUAUUAGUCAGAUAUUUAAUAUGUCAUUUUUGCCUCUAUUUCUAUUAUCAUACAUACUAAUUUUCUAUUUAAAUAUCAAAAGAAUAGUAAUCAAAAUUUUACAUUAAUU